UCGAAGGAGUGUAGACGUCCCCCCCUUCGCUCUCCCUUUUCUUAACUCUCAAAAUACCCCGAAUACAAUGCCUAUGACACCCUUAUCUUUGGUGAGAUGAUACAUGAAAACCUCAGAAACAAAAGUCAAUCCGUAUGAAUGAUGAAUAACCGCCACGUGCAGCCUUAUUUGAGCAGUUCUCUGGCCAUACGCCAAGAGAUCCAGCGGUUCGAGUCGGUUCAUCCCAGCAUCUACGCCAUUUAUGACAUUAUUGAGUUAAUUCCUGAUCCUCUUUUGGCGCAGCAGAUCCGGGAACAUGUCGUCUGUAUCGAAGACUCGUUCGUCAACUCUCAGGAAUGGACGCUGUCCCGCGGCGUGCCCGACCUGCGGCUGGGCAUCGUAGGCUCGCUCUCCUCCGGCAAGUCCGCCCUCGUGCACAGAUACCUGACGGGGUCGUACAUGCAGGAGGAGAGCCCCGAGGGAGGCCGCUUCAAGAAGGAGAUCGUGCUGGACGGACAGAGCUACCUGCUCCUCAUCCGCGACGAAGGAGGCCCGCCGGAACUGCAGGUGAGUAUAUGCAUGCGAGUCUGA